AUGGAGACGGCGGGGGACCUGCAGCUGCAGCAGCGACAGCUGCAGCAGCAACAGCUGCAGCAGCAGCAGCAGCAGCAGCAGCAGCAGCAAACCUCACCCGCAGACAAAAAUGUUGACGCAGCAGCAGAAGCAACAGCAGCAGCAGCAACAGCAGCAGCAGCAGCAACAGCAAGGGAACCAACUACAGCGAGAGAAGAAAUGAAGGCUUCUCCGUCCCCAGCAGCAGAUGCAGGCACUCAAGGCAGCAGCAGAACAGCAGCAGCAGCAGCAGCAGCAGGUGAUGCAGCAGCACCAGCAGCAGGAAAAGAAGCAGCAACGCCAGCAGCAAGAACAGAAGCAGCAGCACCAGCAGCAGGAGGAGAAGCAGCAGCAGCAGCAGCAGCAGCAGCAGAAGCCCUCCGUGGUUUAAGUAAAGAAGCACUAAGAGAUACAUACAUCCGCAUGCAUCGUGCUGCUGCUGCACUGCAGCAGGAGCUGCAGGAGCAGCAGCAGCUGCUGCUGCAGCACGUACGCCGUCGUCGAUCUCUAGAUGCUGAGCUCGCAGAACUCAAACGUAAAGCCAGCAGCAGCAGCAGCAGCAGCAGCAGACCAUCACCACCACCACCACCAGCAGCAGCAGCAGCAAAUACUGCUGCUGCUGCUGCUGCUGCUGCUGCAGAAGAAGAAGACGUUCCGUUUUUGUUGAGAGAGGACCCGCAGCCGGCGCAGCAGCUAGGUGCUUCUCUCCUCAGCAGCAUGCAGCAGCUGCAGCAGCUGCUGCAGCAGGAGCUGCAGCAGCUGCAGCAGCAGCAAAGACAAGCUGAAGCAGAAAGAAAAGCAGCACUCAUGCAGAAGGCGCUGCAGAGACACCAGGAACGUAUAGAACACCUCGCCAUAGAAAAACUCAAACGGCAGCACCGCUGCAGGCAGCCGGCGCAGCAGCUAGGUGCUUCUCUCCUCAGCAGCAUGCAGCAGCUGCAGCAGCAAAGACAAGCUGAAGCAGAAAGAAAAGCAGCACUCAUGCAGAAGGCGCUGCAGAGACACCAGGAACGUAUAGAACACCUCGCCAUAGAAAAACUCAAACGGCAGCACCUGCUGCAGCAGCAGCAGCAGCAGCAGCAGCAGCAGCAGCAGCAGCAGCAGCAGCAGCAGCAGCAGCAGCAGAAGCAGUUUUCGCCGCAGCAACUGCAGCAGCAGCAGUUUCUGCAGCAGCAACAACAACGGCAGCAGCAGCAGUUUCUGCUGCUGCAGCAGAAGCAACAGCAACAGCAACUGCAGCAGCAGCAGCAGAAGCAGCAGCAGCAGCAGCAGCAGCAGAUGCAGCAGACAACCAGAAGCACAUUCAUGGCGAGGCUGCAGCGGCUCUUCAGCAACACCACUCCGUCUCCUGCUGCUGCUGCUGCUGCUGCUGCUGCUGCUGCAAGCUUCAAGCGCCCUGCUGCUGUCCCUAGACAGCAACUACAGCAGCAGCAGCAGCAACUACAGCAGCUGCAGCAGCAGCAGCUGCAGCAGCAGCAGCAGCAGCACGGAGAAACUCCGUCUCCAUACCCGGCCCAAAUGUUUCGCAUCUGUUCAGAUGGGGAUGCAGCUCCGCAAUGCAGCAGCAGCAGCAGCAGCAGCAGCAGCAGCAGUUUCUGCAGCAGCAGCAGCAGCAGCAGCAGCAGCAGCAGCACGAGUCUGGUGAAGAGAGCAGCAGCUGAGGAGACAGAAGAAGGGAGUUGCUGCAGCCCCUCAAAGCCAAGGGACCGCAUGCAGGGUGCUGCUGCAGUUGAAGGGGAGCUGUGCAGCACCGAGGAGAUUGCUGCUGCACCUGCUGAACCUGCUGCUGCUGCUGCUGCUUCUGCUGCUGCUGCUGCUGCUGCUGCUGCUGCUGCUGGCUGCAGCGAGGAGUAUGUUAUAGUUUCUUUAGUAAUUGACUUCGGUCCCUGCAGCAGCAACUUGCUGCUGCUGGCGACGCAACGCUGCCGUGAUGCUGCUGCAGCAUGGGUAGAGAAAAACUGGGCUGCUCUGCAGCAGCGCCCAGCAGCAGCAGCAGCAGCAGCAGCAGCAGCAGCAGCAGCAGCAGCAGCAGCAGCAGCAGCAGCAGCAGGCUAG